AUGUCAAUAAAGCUGGCAGAGUAAGUUCAACUUUUUUUUUAUUGUUUUUAUGGGCUUAGAUCGUGAUAAUUUUGAUUGACAAGGAAGAAUUAGAGGCGCUAAGAGUUGAUAAGCUUCUUCUAUUAUAAUCAAUUGGUUUUGGACAUUUUUAGAGGGAAUUUGAUAUUGAUAUAUCUAGUAUAAUAUAAUGUUUGACGUUAGACUACUUUAUUUUUGGUGAAUUCGAUAUUUUUAGCAUCCUCCCGGCGCCGGUGAAUGCUCGAGACGAUCUCAGUUCUGAGGUAACCAGAGAUAGUUGGUUUAAAGGACGAGAAGAUGCCUUGUCGAGUGAGAUGAAAGCCGUCGUCUUGAAGGCAGUUCCAGCAUACGGCCAACGUCAAGGAUAUGUCCCAAGAACACCCGAGGUUAGUCCUUUCUAUUUUUUGUUUUAUUUUUAGAUAUGAAUUCAGUCCGAAGAUAUAUUUUUCUUGAUUUUCAGGACUUUGGAGAUGGCGGAGCUUUCCCUGAAAUCCACAUUGCCCAGUUCCCUUUGGGAAUGGGUGCAGAAGGUGGUGUGGUCAAUAAGAAUGCUCAUAACAAGACAAUCGCACUGCAAUAUGACAAGGAUGGGAAGCUGCGGCAUGAUGCGAUUGCUCGGAUCGGGCAUGGCAAGGAUAAGAUUGUCCACACAAAACUGCAGAACACCAAGCAACGAGUGAUUGAUCCCGAGGAUCCGGAGCUUCAACGGCCCAGUCAGGAGGAGAUCGAAGAGACUAUAAGGAAGACCAAAGAGCAAAUCGAGAAAAUCACCAACGCCAAAGUUGCUUCAGCGCUCCCAGUUCAACAUGCCAAAAAGACCGAGCCCGCCCAAUAUAUUCGUUACACACCAUCUCAACAGAAUGCCGAAGGGGCAACUCAACAGAGGAUUAUUCGAAUGGUCGAGGCACAACGUGAUCCAAUGGAGCCUCCGAGAUUCCAGAUCAAUCAGAAGAUACCCAGAGCUCCGCCAAGUCCUCCAGCUCCGGUUUUGCACUCGCCUCCGCGGAAGGUGACGCAAAAAGAACAAGCGGAUUGGAAGAUUCCACCGUGUAUUUCCAAUUGGAAGAAUCCCAAAGGUUUCACGGUGGGGCUGGACAAAAGAUUGGCGGCCGACGGCCGAGGUCUACAGCAAGUUCAUAUCAAUGAGAACUUUGCCAAAUUGUCGGAAGCCCUUCAAUUGGCCGCCAGAACGGCGAGAGAAGGAGUGGAGGCCAGAAAUCAAAUGGAGAGGAGAAUUGCGGACAAUAAGAAGCUGGAGCAAGAGAAGAAGAUGAUGGAAUUGGCCAAGGAGGCGAGAGCGAACCGCCAGAACAAGAAGGUGGAUGAAGAAGAAGAUGAAGCCGUUCAACGAAGAGAUGAGAUCCGAAAGGAGAAGAUUGGUGAAAUUAGAAGGGAAAGGAAUCUAGUUAGAGGACGGCCGGAUGCAGCGGAGAAGCUGAAGCGAGACAGAGAGAGGGAUAUCAGUGAAAAAGUGGCAUUGGGAUUACCUGGAACUAAAGAUAAGGGCGGAAGCGAGACUCAAUUUGACCACCGAUUGUUCAAUAAAGACGCCGGAAUGGAUAGUGGAGGCAUGGAUGAUGAAACUUACACUGUAUAUGAUCAACCGUGGAGAGCCGAAAGCAAUGUUCAGAGCAUAUACAGACCACGUAAGUUGGCUUAGACAUUAAUUGAGGGAUUUUUGGAAAUCGAGUUUUGAAUAGUGUAGCUAUAAUACUUUUUAAGGGACAAUUUUUUGUCUACAGGAAGUUUAUUGCCUUAAGGUUUGUUAGGAUAUAUUUUUUGGAUAUUAGAAUAACUUUUUUUGACAUCAAUAUGUACCUAGUAUAAUAUAAAAUUUUCAGGAAAACAAGCCGAAAAUCCCUAUGGUGAUGAUCUGGAUGAAAUUGUCAAACAAAACAGAUUCCAACCCGACCGCGGAUUCAAAGGAGCCGAACCCGUCCCGGGAGCUGCGCCUCGAAAUGGACCGGUCGAGUUCGAAGCGGAUAAAGAUGAUAUUUUCGGUAUUGGCGAGCUCUUCAAAACCAAGGACAAGGAAAAAAGAAAGGACACUGAAGACUCAGGACCAUCGUCCAAGCGAAGCAGACAUUAA